AAACGUAGUAAAUUAUCAAUGAUCAUUAGAAUUAAUUUUAUAAAGUAUAAAAAACAAAACAAUAUGAAUAAUAAUCAUUUUAAUAUAGAUCAAUCAGUAAAUAAUUUAAAUAGAGUACAAAUAUUGAGUGAAGCAUUACCUUAUAUACAAAAAUUUGCGGGCUCUACUAUUGUCAUAAAAUAUGGUGGAUCAAUAAUGACUAAUAAUAAAUUAAAAGAGUCUAUUGUUAAUGAUAUAAUACUGUUAUCACAUGUUGGAAUAAAACCAAUUUUAAUUCAUGGCGGGGGACCAGAAAUUAAUUCUUGGUUAGAGAAGCUUAAUAUCAAAUCAAAGUUUAAAAAUGGUAUUAGAAUUACAGAUUCAAAUACUAUUGAGAUAGUGGAAAUGGUAUUAGCUGGAAAAAUAAAUAAGGAAAUAGUUAGUUUAAUUAAUAAACAAGGAUCUUAUGCCGUAGGUUUAACUGGUAAAGACGGAAAACUAAUUCAAUGUGAAAGUGAAGAAGAUAUAGAAGUAGGUUUGGUAGGUAAAAUUAAACACAUAAAUACAAAUAUUAUAAAAACUAUAAUCAACGCGGGAUAUAUUCCUGUAAUUGCAAGCAUAGGAUCAGAUUUAGAUGGUAAAUCAUAUAAUAUUAACGCAGAUACCGUUGCUGGUGAAAUUGCUGUAUCUAUUAAUGCAGAAAAAUUAAUAUUACUAACCAAUACGGCCGGUAUUCUAAAUGAUAUAAAUAAUAAUGAUAGUUUAAUUAGGCUAUUAAACAUAGAAGAUAUAAAAUCUUUAAUUACAAAAAGAAAAAUUUCAGGAGGAAUGAUUCCUAAAGUUAAUUGUUGUAUGAGAGCCUUAGCUAAAGGACUACCAGCUGCACAUAUAAUUGAUGGUAGAGUUUUUCAUGCUUUAUUAUUAGAAAUUUUUACAGAUCAAGGUAUCGGUUCAAUGCUAGUUAAUUCUUCAAAUCAAUAUAUUAAUAGUAAACAUUGAUUAUUUAUCUUAUAUAUAUUAUAAAAUAAUCUUAUCAUAUUCUCAAUAAGGCUUAGUAGCUCAGUGGAUAGAGCAGGGGAUUCAUAAGCCCAAGGUCGUAGGUUCAAUUCCUACCUAAGCUAAAGCGCUUAUUUAAUAAAGUAAAUAUUGAGGGG